AUGAUGAGCUUAAAAUCUUCUUCCUUGUCCAGUCUUCCAUUGGAUUUGGUAGAGGAGAUACUUGCUAGGGUUUCUGCUUCAUCUCUAAAACGACUACGGACUACAUGCAAACAGUGGAACGUUUUACUCAGUGAUCAAAGAUUCACCAAGAAGCACUUUGAUAAAGCAGAAAAACAGUUUCGGGUUGCCAUGUUGAGGAGACGUACGGUUUGUUCAAUGAGCCUAAAUCUGUUUGGACUCCACGACAAUAUUGAUCCAUCUAUGGAGGUUAAAUUUAACUUAAUGAUGGCCUUUGUAUUUGAAGUCUUUCACUGUAGUGGCUUAUUGCUAUGCAAAACCGGGGAUGAUAGACUCUUGGUUUGGAACCUGUGUAUGGGUCAACCCAAUUGGAUCAAAACCAAUAAUGAUGACGAUGGUAACUAUAGGUACGCUCUCGGAUACGAAAACAACAAAUCGUGCUACAGCUACAAAAUCUUGAAGUAUGAUCUUGAUGAAACUUUUGAUUUUGAAAUCUACGAGUUUAAUUCUAAUUCAUGGAGGGUUCUUGAUAGCGUCACACCAGACUUCGCAAUGGCACGAAAGGCCAAUGGCGUGUCCAUAAUGGGAAACUCUUACUGGAUUGCUUCACAUAAAGAAGAAGAAGAUUUAAUUGACGAUUUCUUGAUAAGUUUCGGCUUUACAACAGAGAGAAUUGGUCCACGUGUGUGCCUUCCAGUCAAGGGUUGUUCUUAUUGUGAUACUAUCUCCUUAUCUUGUAUAAGAGAAGAUCGGCUGUCAGUGUUCUUUCAGGACAGCGAUACAUCAAAGAUGGAGAUAUGGGUGACAAAUAAUAUCACUCAGACCAAAGUCAUGUCUUGGAGCCCUUUUUUUAAGAUUGAUUUGAACACUCAUCGGUUUGGGACUGAAGUGAGUUUUUUCAUCGACGAGGAGAAUAAAGUGAUCGUGUGUUGUGAUGAGGACGAGGACGAAGACGAUGACAUGAACGUUUUUGUAUACAUCAUUGGAGAGGAUCAAUAUUGGAGAAAAGUGGAUAUUCGAAAAAAAACAAAUUGGCCACGUAUCUUCAGUUAUGCUCCAAGUUUGCUUCAAAUUUAG